AUGUCCCAGGCGGAGGACAACGUGCGGCCUGGUGCACUGUCUCAGACCCCUCAGCCUGCCACAGCAUCAUCCCAGGCCCCCCAGCCUGCCGCAGCAUCGUCCAUAGCAGUGCCGACAUCUGAGAAUGCUCGACAGCAACGGAGGAUUGCCGAUUUGGAGGAGAAGUUACAGGUGCUUGAGGCGGGGCAGGCGGUGAAAAAAAGCAUCGAGGACUUAAUAAGCGAGAAUGAUAGGCGGUGCAAUAACGACGAUGACGACAACGUCACUGUGGAGUCAAUAUUUUACUUCUUCCGCCUCACGAGAGUCACUUACAGGUUUGUUGACAGUCAGGAUCAUUUGCAACUCGGAUACAUAGUCCUUAACAAUGUCCUCCCAUGGUUUCACCGAAAGGCCUCGGACAUGGAGUACGAUGAUUACACACACAUGUUGAAAAUGCUUAGACAGGGGGCCGAUGGUGCUCGAGGAGACGACACCUCAAAACUGAAGAGUCUCGUCCCUGAAUGGGUCAACCACGACUUCAAGCCCGAUCCUCCAGUCGACCCCAAAGAUAAAUUCUGCCGUGGAUUUACCAACGACACAUGCGGCAGACUACUCUGCCCAUCAGAUGUCAGAGCUGGAAUUAGGGAUCGCGUAGAUGGCCAUGUCGUGACUGAAAUGUCCUGGCCAGCAUUCCUAUAUGCUGGAUAUACCGCCGAUCAGAAUAAUUUCGAGGAGGGUCUCUUUAAAAGCAAGUUGCUGGUUCAGGCAUUCAAAGCCCACAGGUUCCUGUCAUAUUUAUGCAUCAAAUCCUUAUAA